UCCAUGAAGUGCACACAGACUCUCACUAUAUCCGCAGCCGUAAGGGAGAUCGGUGUUGUCGCAGGACAGUCUGUCGGGUUUGGCCGUAAGUGCGAGCAGAACCACUGAGAGCAGCGAUGACUGCCGAACCGAUUCGCUCGGCUCUGGGCUCCGUCUCUAUAGAGGACACCUCUCUGGUGCUGCCCUCCGAUAAAAAACAGCGGACGGGGCAGCAGCGCGUCCUGGAGCAGGUGAAGUCCAUCAAGAGAAGCAAGUCGAAGAUGGUCAAGAAUGACUCCAUUCCGUCGCCAACAACUCCAGCAUCGGCAGCAGAAUACAGUGAGCCUAAAUUCCAAUUCUCACCUACACAUCUGAACGACACACUCUUCAAACUUAGCAGCUCCAACAUGACAAGCAGCAGAAUGAAUGGUCGCAGCUUGUCAUUGCGCAACACGAUGAGAAGACAGACCCAGAACAGCCAGUGGGAGUCUCAGAUGAACUCGAAUGCACAUUUUCAGUCCAAUGGGAUGAGACCCGGUGGCAGCGACCCGGCCUUGAAUAAGGCAGGCGGCACACUUACCCAGCAGUCCAAGAUGAGGUCUUUUACUGUGCGAUAUAACCGAGUGACUGGACAAUCCAUGAGACUCCAGGAGAAUAACCUGCCUGCCAGCACCAGCCAAUCACAGGUCGCAAGCAUCAAACCUUCCCUCAGCCAAUCACAGACCAUUACGAAAGUCACCACUACCAAGAACAAAUCAGAAGCCCUGGGUGCGAGUGGUACCGAGGGAUCUAUUCCUAACAUCACUCUGCAGGAGGCAGUGGAGUAUCUGUCACACUCAGACAUCAGCCAUCAGCUGUGUGGAGCUUCAUUCAUACAGCACCACACCUUCACUGAAGACAAAGUCAAGCAAGAGGUUUACCAUUUGGGUGGGAUUCCUGCUCUUAUUCAGCUUCUGAAAAGCGACAAUCCACAGCUGCAACAGACCGCUGCCGCUGCACUGCGCAACUUAGUUUUUAAAGACCACAAUAACAAGCUUGAGGUGGACAAUUGUGAAGGACUAGAGGCCAUUCUGACCUUGCUCAGAAUCACUAACGUUAUAGAAACACAGAAACAACUCACUGGUCUGUUGUGGAAUCUGUCCUCGGCUGAUGAGCUGAAGCCAAAGCUGAUCAGUAAAGCCAUGCCACUGCUUACAGAAAGCGUUGUGGUGCCGUACAACUUUUAUGCUGAUAGCAACACUAACAAACACAUUGACCCUGAGGUGUUCUACAACGUCACUGGCUGUUUAAGAAACCUCAGCUGUGCUGGUGAGCAGGAGAGGAUAUCGAUGAGGAGCUGCCCGAGACUUAUCGACUCUCUCGUGACUUAUAUUCGGACUCAAAUGGAAAGAGGCGAUCCAGAUGACAAGUCGGUGGAAAACUGUGUCUGCAUACUUCAUAACUUGAGUUACCAGCUGGAGAAAGAGGCUCCAAAUCACUUCCAACAGUUAUCUGUUCCUGAUGAGAAACCAAAUGAGAACAAUAACAAAAAGAGCCUCUUCAGCCCCAAGAGCACCAAGACCCAGAAGAAGUUAAACUUUCCAGCCAUGGAGAAGGAAGAGCCUGAAGGAGUGGAUUGGUUGUACAACCAAAAGUCGCUGCAGAUGUAUCUGUCUCUGCUGGGCUUCAGUCAGGAGGAGGCCACUCUGGAGGCGUGCUGUGGAGCCCUGCAGAACCUGACCGCUUCAAAGAGCCCUUUGUCCACUCUGAUGAGUCAAAGCAUCAUACAGAAGCUGCAAGGCCUGUCUGUCAUUUCACACCUGCUGAAAUCAGGAAACCCUGGCCUACAGAAGACCGCCAUGUCCUUAGUGGGCAACAUGUCCCGGGUGUCAUCUCUGCGGGACACUAUGGCCAAGCAAGUUCUUCCCAAUGUCAGUGCUGUUCUGUCAGCUGUGAAGCCGAGCAUGGUUGAGUCUGACAGCAGCAUCGCUACAGCGUGCCGUGUUAUGAACACACUCAUGCUGGCAGACCCUGACACUGGCAAGAAGAUGAUCAACACCAAUCUCGUUGACUCUCUGAGCUUGCUGAGCUCAAAUAUGUUAUUUGAGACAGCCAGAAAAGCUGCUGGAGUUCUUCUCUGGAGUAUGUGGGGACAGAAAGAUAUCCAGAAUGUGCUGAAAAAGCAAGGGAUGAACAAGGACAUGUUUAUAAAUGCUGUCACUGCUACAGCGUACCAGGCAGCAACACGCAUGAAUGGACGCUAAGACAUGUUCAAUUUUGGAGUUCUGCAGGAAGCCACUGUUUCAGAGAACUGUCCUGCUUUCAUAUAUUGCAGCACAUUAUGGUUAGAUGCAGUACCAAAUUUUUUGCAAAAAAAAGUUGUUUAAGGACUAUUACACUCUCACUGUCAUUCUAAACCCAAAUGUUCUUCUUCUGAGGGCAAAAAUUCAAAAAAAAAAAUACUCUUAAAGUAUGAUAGGGUUUGUGUAAUGCAAUAUUCCAGAUGCUAUGUGCAAAGAACAGACCAAAAAUUUACCAAAAGUAAAUAUCUCUUCAGUGCAGUGGUUCACAAAACUGCGGUGACUGAUUCGUUCAUGAAUUGGACUGAUCUGGAAUUUAGCAAACAAGUCAUUUGAAUGGUUUUUAUGAUAUGAUUAUCAUGAUCAUUUUAUGAGUAAUGGAUGAUGUAGCUCCUGUACUGCUAGUACAGGCAUGUUUAGUGCCUAAUAUGCACAUCUUUCAUGGGAAAGAGUUUGUACACUUAUGCUUGACAAACUUGCACUACUGGUCCUGCAGAGUAAUAAUUCCACUCUUCUUCUGAUGCUUUCCUUCCCCUGUCCUCCUGUGCUGUAUAUUGGGGUUCAUAAUACAUGUUGGGUAAAGCUUUUGCAUUUUGGUGCAAUGAGGCCUGAAUAGUUGUUGGUUUCUAAGCAUGCUCUUAUGUCACAGUUAUUAAAAACCAUCUGUAUAAAUGCACCGCUUUAUUUCUUCUCGAUGUCCACUUAAGUUGUUCUGAGGUAGAGUUAGGAAUGACAACCAACACUUUUAAAAACCUUCGGUGUUGAAAUGUGAUUGAAAUGUGAUUGAAAUAAUGUCCGUUGUUGUAUUAAUGUUUAAAAAAAAACAGGUGAAACAAUGUUAAUAAUAAUGAAAAGUAAGGUCGUUGUUGAUUUGAUUUGAAAAAUCUAAAUGAAAACCAGAGUGAUUCAUCAUUGAAAUGAUGGUUGGAUUGGAACUAAAUGAACUUUCGGUUGCAUUCGCAGCUCUGGAUGUUUUGCCACCUUCAACUUAAGUGGACUGAACGCUGUGUUAAAUUCAGUUCUCACCUGCUGUAGACUCAGUACCACCUUAAACUUUGAAGUUCUUAUGGCAAUAUUUGUUAUUUCUGUUUUACAUUGUUAGUCACACAUAUUUCUACUGUAAAUACAUUAUAUGAAUAGGACUAAGCGCAGUUGAGUGGUAUAUGCUGCUUUAGGUGUGGCUUAUAUUUCUUUUUGGCAGUGUAAAGAUGUUUUGGACUUUUGGGUAUGGUUUCAUUUUAGGAGAUGUAAUGCUAGAUGCAUUCACUUGAAAUGGGGGGGGGGGGGAAUUGAAAUUGUAAUGAUGAAAUAUUGCUGUAUUUUGAAAAAUAGAACGAUAUUUUUGUUUGUCAAUCGGCUGCUUAGAGCAGUAAAUGCAAAAUGAAUUGUUUUCUAUACAGUAAUAUAGUAUUCUGAUUGACAUCCUUUUUUAAAUCCAAACUUGCCUUUUCUGUGUGCUGUUUGCUAAAUGUGUAUGACAUUGUAUUUUGUGAGUAUUCGUUUUAUUUGACGUUUGUUUGGCUGAAAUGUUUAAAAUGUGUCUAUGCUUGUGGGAAAAUGUCUAGACCUUUUUUUUCUUUUCAUUUUAUGUUGUCAAAAAAAGCAAAAUAGAAACAGACAAACAGAAAAUUAACAAAUAAAAAGAAAAUAUUUUUGUACUAAAAUAUUAAAUGUGGCUGUGUAAAAUUACAUUUUGCAUCUACAUGACCAAAAUGUGCAUUUUAAUCUUGCAUAAAAAUAAGAAAUAAAGUGCAAUUCAACAAGAAAUACUUUAUGGUGUGUUGCUUUUACAAUAAUUUUAACUGUGUAUGUUAGAUGUAAAUGUAUUGAAUUUGUGAUUAUUUAUAAUAACAAAUAAGUUGUCAGUUAUUUACAGUGUAAGCAAUAUAUACAUUUACAGUGUAAGUGAAUAUGAAAGAUGAUUUAUUGAGGAGGAAGAACCCUCUCCAGUUUUCACCUCAAAUCAAUCAUUAUGAGAAAUAUGGCUUGUUGGCUGACAAGACUUUCCUUUUUGUGAUUUUAUUUAGAGGCCAAAAUAUAGUUGGCAUUAGUCGUUAAACCUCAAACAUAUGUCUUCAUUGUACAGACAGAUUAUGGAAAGUAAUUUCCCCAUCAGAAAGCAGACAUUUAUCACUUCUCAAGAAAGCAGUCAUAUUAAUUGAUCUUGUUUUGUGUUUACCCAAGAUCUCCACCCUACAGUAGAAACGACGGGCGACCAGCCAGGAGACGCUUUUAUGAGUCACACAUUCCACAGUGCAAUUAUAAAGUUCCUCCGCCCCUGUCACAAUAUUGGAAAGCUUAAAUACUGGACUGCAAAUCCCCCCCCAAAAAAAGACAUCUGUGCAUAUCAAGGGUCAUUUUGGUGCUGUGUUUUGUAUGUUCCGCUCAUAAUUAGUAGAAUCAUCGUUUUGUGCAAAUAUUACUUUACAAACAUUAUUAUUCUCCACUGAGUUUAGUUUCAGAUGGGCACUUGUAAACGCUCAAGCAGAGAGUGAAAGUGAAUAGCAGAACAGUGAGUGUUCAUAAAGUAUAUUUGUUCCUGUGCCAAAUGUUAAUAUGCAAAUCAUUGGCGAUGAGAAUCUCCUGACCUCUUUGACUGUGAAACUACAGAAAGGCCUGAGGGGACAUUAACAGAGAGCAGCUGGGUGUGUGUUAUUGUCCAUCAUAUAUUACCUUUAUACUGAGCAUGAAUACCUUUCUUUCUUAGGUGUAAUUAUAGUUAAAAAAAAGAGAAAUAAAACAGCUAAAUUUAUCAUUUAAACCUUCAAUGUUUUUUGAAAGGUCACUUAUGCUCACCAAGGUUGCAAUUGAUAAAAAAAUACAGUAAAAACAAUACUACUGUGAACAUUAUUACAAUUUGAAAUAAGAGUUUUAUAUUUGAAUAUAUUUUAAAAUGUCAUUUAUUCCUGUAAUGCAAAUCUGAAUUUUCAGCAUCAUUACUCCAGCCUUCAGUGUCACACAAUCAUUCAGAAAUCAUUCUACUUUGCUGAUUUGCUGCUCAAGAAAACAAUUUUAUUUUCCCAUCAGUGUUGAAAAUUGUUGAGAUGCCUCGAUAUCUAUUUUAAGAUUCUUUGAUGAAUAGAAAGUUCA